AUAAAAAUAAUAAACAUGUUUAUAUCGGACUACUCGACUGACACAUUUACGUAUACAUUUGAUCAGUAUCAGUUACUGUUUACCUUGUCGUUUAGAUGUAUAAACAACCUCUACAGUGUUAACUUAAAGGGAAGGACUUUUUCGAUUUAACAAGCUAAAUCUUCUAUAAGAUAUGGCUGCAACAAAGAAGAAGGUGUGUUUGAUAGGUGCAGGUCCGUGUGGAAUGUCUGCUUUAUGGAAUUUUGCAGACAUCGACGGCGGUAAUAAAGUUGAUGUCACCUGCUAUGAAAAGCAAAGCACAUGGGGCGGACUAUGGAACUACUCUUGGAGAACAGGUACUGAUGAAUAUGGCGAACCAUGUCAUGCCGGCAUGUAUAAACACCUUUGGUCAAAUGGACCAAAGGAGUGCCUAGAGUUCCCGGAUUACACAUUUGAGAAACAUUUUGGGAAAGCCAUACCCUCAUUUCCUCCUAGACCUGUUUUACAGGACUAUCUUGAAGGUCGCUGGAAACUCAAAGAAGGUCUCAGCAAAUGCAUAAAGUUCAACACUGUAGUGCGGCAUGUUCAAUAUAACGAAACAGACGACACUUUUACAGUAGAAAGCACCAACCUUGCGGCCAACACGUCCUCUACGGAAAAAUUUGAUUACGUCAUCGUUGCUGUGGGUAUUUUCAACACUCCCCAUGUCCCGGGGUUUCCAGGCAUUGAGACAUUCGAAGGAAGAAUAUUGCAUGCCCAUAAUUUUCGUGACGCUAUCGAAUUUAAGGGCCAGCGUCUAUUGAUUAUAGGUGCAAGCUAUUCCGCUGAAGAUCUUGCGCUACAGUGUCUGAAAUACGGAGCGUCAAGUGUCAUAUGCACGUGGAGAACAAAACCAAUGGGGUUCAAAUGGCCGGAAGGAAUAGAAGAAAGACCAUUGGUACAGAAAUUUACAGGGAAGACAGCGCAUUUCAAAGAUGGAACGACCGAAGAGAUAGACGUUGUCAUACUAUGCACAGGAUAUUUGUACUCAUUUCCAUUUAUGGAAGAUGGACUGCGUCUAAAGUCAUCAUUGUCACUGUUCCCGGCCAACCUAUACAAGGGAAGCGUUUGGCUUGGUGGUGGCAACAACAAGCUGUUCUAUAUGGGCACCCAGGACCAGUACUACACUUUCACCAUGUUUGAUGUACAAGCAUUGUGGAUCUGCAAAUACAUUCUCGGUAAGAUUCCAAAUAAGCCCCAUUCGCUGAAGGAAAUGAAAGAAAGUGCAGAAAAAUGGGUCAAGGAACGCUCAAAACUGAAGAAUUGCCAUGACGACAUAGAUUUCCAGACGGAGUUUAUCAAAGAUCUAAGUGAGGAUACGGGUUAUAGUCCGGAUGCAAUAAAAGCGAGGGAAUUGUUUCAUACGUGGGAACACAGUAAGGAUGAAGAUAUCGUCACGUACAGAGAUCGGUGUUUUUCUUCAAUUUUCACCGGCACCGAAUCACCAAAGCACACGGUCACCUGGUUGCAGGCGUUUGAUGAUAGCAUUUCCGCUUUUGCGAAAGUAGCAGAAGAAAAAUCACAUUCUAAAAAAGGCAGUUAAAUUUGAAUGAUUAAAUACAACUCGGAGAAAACGGAGAGCACUUCAUGAACGUUAACGCUGCGUUAACUCAUGUAUAUAUAUAUAUACUGGGCAUAUCAUAUUCUAUGGCAUUUUAGAAAAUCAUCAUUUAGUAUAGCCACUGAUAUCACAUAAUAGGCAGCUGGAUGGACGUUUUUCAUUUAUAACGUCUUUGACCAUAAAAAUCAGUAUGUAUUGUUUUGUUCACAUUCGAUCUUUUAUUUAAAUGGAAAAGCCUAAACAAUUCUCAUUCUUCGACAAAACAGCACCAUCACAAACCUCUUACAUUAUUAUGCUCAAUUUUCAGACCAU